CAUUACGAUUUAGUAUUGCUAUUUUUGUAUCAGUUGGAAUUUUGUGUGCUUUUCAUUAUACAUGUAGUUUGUAUAUAUAUGUUUGUAAUGAUAAUAUUCUAUUACUGUAUUAGAUACGGUUUGAAACAGGUUGAUAAGCAACAAAAGUGUUGAGGUGUACAUAGUUCACAGUGCAUUACAACAUGGCCAUGGUUGAACAAGCUACAAGCAUGAGUUCGUCUGUAUCAUUUGAAAUUGAAGUGAAAGGGAUUCCAAAAGAAGCCGAAAGUAAACAUGGUCAACAAAGUAACGGUUCAAGUCGUUCCUCAUCAAGAGCAUCAUCCAAAAGUCGAAAUUCACCAAAGCCACUUCCACAAUAUCAGUAUACCAAGGAUCAACUCCUAGAAAUCUCACUAUCUGAAAGUGCCAAGAAAAGACCAGAGUUUUUGAAUGUGGAACACUACAACUCAUCUGGUUUGUGGGACCCAUUGAACUGGUUUGCUAGUCUCCGUAAUGAAGAAUUUCCUCCAUCAGAUGAUUUUCAACCUAAGAGGUCUGCAGAACUAGACCGUGAUAGUAAUAUCCCUCCAAAACGUCGACCUUCAGGUCCAAGAGAACGUAUCAAAGAAGAGCGAGAUGACAUAAUUCUGAGUCCUCAGCGGAGAAGUUUUCGAACAGGCUGUCACGUCAACCAACAAUCGUCUUUAGCAAGAAAAGCCAGCAGUCCUGCAGAUCCUCAUGAGCUAGAAAGUAUUAUUCAUAGAGAACCAACUCGACGAAUUGGUAGUGGACGAAUAGCGACUAGGGAUAGAGAUAGAGAUCAUCCUGAGAGGGAUUAUGGAUAUAGUAGAUGGGGAGGAGAUCACCGUGAGGAACGUGACAAAGAGGGAAACCGCUAUAAUGGACACUAUGGAGAGAGGAAAUUUAGAAGAAGUCGAUCUAGAGAUUAUGGUAAAGAAGAAGAGCCAGAAUGGAUUAGUGGUGGUCCAACUAGUCAAUCUGAAACAAUUGAACUUAUAGGAUUUGAUGACUUAGAAAAAGCAAAAGCUGAGGAAAAAAUUUCAAAUGAAGUAAACUCUGAUCAACCAAACAACAAAAUGGAAGUAUCCAAUGAAGACUCCUUUAACAAAGCAUGUGUGCCAGUUGGAGAUAAAUCUGAAGAAAAUGGAGAAAUCCACGAUGAAGUUGAACAUUCUGAAAAUGAAAAACAAACUAGGGAUCCUAGCCCAGGAUUUGACUUCAAUGAAAUAUUUCAGAUGGAACUUGUUCCUGGAAUAGUAGCGAAUGGCAACACAGAAAAACUUAAGCCGAAUAUUCCACUAGAAAACAGUAGGUUUAGCAACUGGUUUCAGAAUGUAACAAAAGAAGUUGAUAGUCAGCAUUCACAUUUCCCAAAUGAAUUGGUUGUAAACAUGUUGAAAGACAUCGAUGUUUCUCAUUCUUUGAUGGAGUUCUCACCUCCCAUAGACAGUUCAGAUGCCUCUUUUCUUCCUAUAAACCAUUCAUUACCACAGAAUAUAUUUCAAGAAGGUCUGCAGUUUUGUCAGAACUCUUGUACAGCUUCACAGGAUCAGCAGUCCAAACCAAGAGAAGGCAGAAAUAUUCUAGACAUCCUGAAAAAUGCCAAUAUCAACAUCCAACCCUUGCUUAAUGGUGACACUUCAGAAACGUCUGAUUUGAAAGAAAAAGAACUUGCUCAGAAAGCCAGAAGUGUUGAAGAAAUUGAAGCUGAUUUGAAGCAGUUAGUCUUGGGUGGUAAAGAUAAAGAACAGGAGAAAAUAAGUCCUCUGAAUAAAUUGUUAACACAUCUUAGGACAGAUGGGAAUUCUCCUCUACCGAUCAGUCUGGGACCUUUAGACCAGUCCAUGGUUUUGCAGGAAGCAGACAUAGUGGGUGCAUUGAAGAGUGAACCAGGAAAAACGUCUUUCCAACCACGUACAAAUCCGUCUCUGACCCAAAAGUUACCAUGUGUAGCUAGAUCAUUUCAAGAUACCCAACAAGUUGAUCGAUCUCUGCAUCUUCCGAACCAAAUGACAUUAAACGUACUUAAUGUUAGAGAAGAUGAAACACUUUACAAGCCUGCAGAACAAGAUUUGUUUGGAAAUACAGUGUCCUCUACAGAAUCCAAUAUAAAUAACAAGCACCAUGCUCUUCAAGCACAAGACUCGGAAGACAGAGAGUUAUUGUCAGUUUUAUUGCCUUCUCUGUCGAGCUACAGUCAUGACUCAUCCUUAAAGCAUUCUUUAGUCCUGAGCCAAAGACAAUCUCCUCUUCCAUCAGAUGGUCAUUGUCGAAUCCCAUCACCACUUGUAUUUGGACAACAACCUCCUGUUCUUAGCUAUGCUCCUGCUCCUAUUCAUCCUAAUCAGUUCACCAGAAAACCUAAUCCCCUUCAGAUUGAGACAAGCCCUGUGAUGCCUCGCAUCCCUUCACCUCAAGAACUUGCAGUUCACACACAGUCUAUCUUGCAAAAUGCCUUAAUUAAGUACAGCUUGGUAGAACAAGAAGAAAAAUACAAAAAGCUACAAGAAUCACAAAGGACUCAAUCUCCCAACAUUUCCCUGUCAAUGAACAAUUCAUCCCCACCUAAGGGUUUGAGUCCUACAAUGGCUGCUUUCACUCCCACAUCUGUGAUUAGGAAGAUACACACAGACAUGUCAAACAGAACAAGUGUAAAACCUGGACUUAGAAAUGGUGUUGGUGGACUGAAGAAUGUAGCAGUAUCACAAAGUAUGAAGCUAGGUCAUGAUGUGCCAACUACAAAUUCACUGGGUAUAGGAUUUUUUCCUUCACAUGUUAUGGGAAUAGAUCAUUUUCUCAGAUCAGAAGGUGGCUCUGCUGAAAUUAACGGUGUCCAGACUUCUAGAGCUGUACAUGGACAAGGUGCAUCUCGACUUCAAGGCAAUGGCCAGCACUUCACUGCUCAAGGUCGACCAAUUGUGAAAGCUGCUGGAGGAUACUACUUGAAUGGAGACCAAUAUUCAAGACCUGGCAGCAAAUUUAGUAUUGCUCCAAACAAACCUUUUGCAAUUAGUCAUUACCAAAACCCUCCAGAUCCAGUCUCUAUGGUUACAGAACAGCAUCGUUUUCAGCCACACCAGCAACAUCCUCACAGUUUUGUUAACAUUAAUCAACCGCCACCAAAUCAUUUUAGUGUAACUUCACAUCCUCCAGGGCCAAUUUUAGGGAAUACACCAAAUGCACUAACUCUUGGUAGACAAGGAAAUAGUGUUAAUUCCUUUUCACAGCACUUUCAUUCGGGCGACAUCAAUGCUUCUACAGCUAGAGGUCCGUCAAAUACAUCCAACCAACUGGCUCGGUUGCUAUCCCAGCAGCAGCAGGGCUUCUCCCAAGGUAGAGGGAUACCAAACCAACUGGCUUUACAGCAAUUACUGUUUACAGCACAACACCAGUCAGUUUCAUCUCAGGAUCAGUCUGUUAAUCUGGAGAACAUGCAUGCUGUGAAUAUAAGAGGAGAUGGUAGGGGAGAUGUUGCUUUAAGAAGUUAUCCUUCCAACAGAGGUCAGCAGUUAGUACAAGGACAUCAGCUCAACACCAACCUUGCUAAGUGGUUUGGAAGUGAAGUGCUGAAGGAAAAGUUACCAGAAAUGCCUCCAGUUCCCCUUCAGAGAGCUGUUUUAGUUGAGGAACUUGAACGUCAACAACGAGAACAUUCAUUGGAACACUAGAAAUGUAUGACAAUAGGGAUGACAGUGUAACCAUGGCUGUUUAUGAAAUGUCCUAUAUAUAAUUAGAUGUUCAGGUUAUGUUUCCUUUGUAUUCUCUUCUUCAUUUUGAGUUACACAUUGUUGAAUGCCUUUCUGUGAUAUAAUGUUUGUUGUCUUUUCUUGGCUAUGUAUAAAUAUGUUUGUCUCUUGUCUGAAGAGAAUGUAAUUAAAUGUACAAAUAAUAUUUGAAAAGCUACACCAAAUACCCUGAUGCAGAAAUAUCAUGAUAAAACAUGUAAUGUAGAGUUGUGGAAAACUAUAAAAUGUUAAAAAUAAAUUCUUGAACGAAAGAGUGAAAAAUAUUAAGAUAGUCAAAUGAAAAUUUGUUUUUCUGGCAUUGUAAACAAUGAAAACUCUAAAAAACAAUACUAAAUGUAUGUAUUCUCUAAUGCUGAGUUUAUAAAAUGCCAUUCAGCUUAAUGAAUUAUGUAGUAUGCUUGCCAAGACAGUAGUCUAUGUAAAUAUGAAAUUUCAAAAAUCUUACAAGAUCCAUACUUUUUUGUUGUUGUUGAUUAGAUAAAUGAGUUUUACUACAUUAAUUAUUUUUCCAGGCUUGCUAUAACAAAGGAAAGAGUCAGAACUAUAUUAUGAUUUGGACAUCUAAUCAAAAAUUAUGAAGCCAUAGUUUAAAAAAUGUUUAAAGCAAUUGGAUCACAUCAAGUCUUUUUUUUAAAAUUAUUUUCUAAUUAUUUGUAAGAAUUGCUGUUGUAAUUGUUUGCGUACAGAGGAAAUUUUGCUUGGGUUUAUAUUAUUUCAAUCAAACAAUACAGAUGAUGUUUCUGGAAUAAAAUGUUACUGAUUAAAGAUUUUUCAUCAGAUAUCAUUAUCGGUAGUUUUAAACACAACUACUAUAUGCUAAGCAAGAAUGAGCUAGUAAUGUACUGACUGAAGUUGUUGAGUUAGUUGAUCAGUGCUUAGUGAAUAUAUUAUUCCCUCGGUUUGUCACAUUAAAUGUGGACAGUAUUUGAUCAACUAACAGCUAAGUUAUGAGUAUAGGUUGAACCUGCUUUUCAUUGGUAUUGGGAGUAUUUGGUUUAGUCUGCUGAUCAGGACUAAAUAUAAUUUUGUAGUGGCAGAGUGAACAAUUCUUAUAGCAGUCUACUUUAACCUCAUAGCAUAAAUGGAAACCAAGUUAUUUGUUUUUGUUAACCUAAAUUAAUACCUGUAAAUAAUAAGGACAGUACAAGGUAGGCAAGAAUGUAUGAAACAGGUUAAAAAAAAUUGUAUAAUUAUGUUUCUUUUCACUUGAAGUAAUACCAAUAAAUAAACAGAUUAAGUAUUCAGCAAACAAGAAUGGGGUGCUAAAAUAUACAAUAUAUAUAUAUAUAUACAGAUGAUAUAUGGAAUCUGUGUUGUUUCUUAAAUAAGACAUUGAAACACAUCCCAAGAGUCCAGAGCUCAGCACUUAUCAACAAAAAGUAUUACUGACAUCUAGUGGUUCGAACAUGAGAUUAACGUAAAAAUUCCACUUAUUUAUUCUAUCAAUAAAAAUAAAAUUAUCAAAGAUCUAGAUAAACUUAGGUUUAGUUUGUUUGCCACUACAUCAAUAAUAGAGCUCUUGGCAUUAUAUGAAACUUCUGUGUGUGCAUAACUUUUUAAUACGAUAAAAUAUUCUAAAGAUCUAUUGUUACAAUAAAUUUAAAAAAUUGAUGAUCAUUGUUAAGUUUCAUGCUAUUUGAUUAUUAUUAAUACAAAAGUAUAAACAUUAUAGAUAAAUAUUUAGUGGGUAAUUCAUUAUUCGGUGAUUGUUACAUAUGAAACUGUAACUCUGCAUAAUGUUGCCAAAUGUAUUUACUCUAAUUCUUUGUUGAAUAUAUUCAGUAGACAAAAUAUUUGAUUGAAAAUUAAAUGUUGCUUUUAAUGCUCAAAAUUAGUGGGGGGGGGGGAUAAGCUAUCAACAAAAUGCCACUAUGAAAUGUUCAAAUAAUCCCUUAUCAUAUGAUAUUAUGAAUAGUUAUAACUCUUAUAGAUGUCUGGAAUGUGUUUGUUCUAGUAACUGGCUUCUACACUUUCUUCAGAAACCCAAAUUCAACUCUAACUGCCUUUGAAAAUUCCAGCUCCAAAAAGAGUAUCAAGGAAUGAUUGUCUCUCCUAAUAUAAUGUGGGUUGAAAUACACGUGACUUACAAUACAUGAGUCCCAAACCAAUCAGGCCGGGCAUGGUUUAGUGAUUAGCAUGCCUACACUUUGUAGUUGUGGAUGUGUUGUAAGAAUGAUGAUCAAAUCCUAAUUCUCAUUUAAGCUAGAUCAAGAGUUGGUGGUAUGUCUGUUGACUAGCUGCCCAUCUCUGUAUUUGUUCAAAAUUAUGAGACAUCUAUAUGCAGACAGCCUUUUGUAGUUUUACACAAAAAUUAUGAAACAAACCUAAACCAGUCUUUACUUCAUCACAUUUGGAUUUGGUUUAUUACAGAGCUUUCAGUAUCAUCAUACAAAACGUAACUGAUCUAUGUUAAUGUAACUCCAAUUUAUUCUAACUAAAACUUAGAUCAAAGUGCUCAAUUACCUAAAGCCUGACAAGUAAAUAUUAUUAUAUUAAAUUAUUUAAUGCUUUUGGUUUAAUGAAAUUAUUAUGUUUCUGUUCUAAGCUUUGUUGCAUUUUUUUAAAUCUCUUGCUAAAGUUGUGUAUUCUGCUAUAUGUCAUAUCUCAUUUCCAAUGUUCUUUUCAUUGAUGUUUUUUGUACAAGACUUGUAAUUUAGCAUAAGUCUACUUUAGUCAAUCAGGUGUAAAAAUGAUAAAAAGUUGAAAAAAUCAAUUUUAUCAUUUGGGACACCUAAUUUUUUUUCUCUACCAGUAUGUUCAAAUGUUACAAUGAUUUGGUUUGAAGUGUGGCUAUCUGUUGAAAACACAUUAAUAGUAUUAAAGAAAUGGAUGUCACACAGAACACUUAAAAGCAUUUUAACAAAGAAUAAAAGUAGCACUAAUAUUAUUAUCAAUUAUAUCUAUUGAUAAUAAAAAAUUAUCAAAAUUUGUUAAUAAAAUGCAGUAACUGUAAUCAAUAGUAUUUAAUUAUUGAAUAAUGUGUUGUGUACUACAUGUGCAAGUUUAGUAUUUUCAACCAGAAUGGCACAUUUUGUAAUACAUGGCUUAAAUGGCCAGGUCAAAGACACUUAAGUUUCAGGCAUAGCCACCCCUAAUAUAAAACUGCUAAUCAGAAAGGAUAACCAGUCGGCAAAACCUACAGCCUGGCUCCUCUUACCUGAAGAGCAGAAUUAACUGUAACAGUUCUAAUGCUUCUACAAUUGGGAGUACAGUAACUAGUAGGACUUGUCCAGCCUCAAUAAGCAGUUAAUAUAUAUAUGAUAAAAGCACAUAGUUUUUGUUUAAUGCCGUACCCAAAAUUUUCAUGAAAAAGAAUAAGAACAAUGUUACUCGUGUUUUAGAUCUACAAUGACUGAUAAAAGAAGUUUGUCUGGAGGCUUGACUUUGUAGUUACCUGUUAAUUUGGUGAAAUGAUUGAAAUAUAAUGUAUUUUUCCCCCAGUUUAAUUAUUUUAUUUAUUGAUGAAAACGUUGGAUUUUUCACACUGGAAUUGCAAGUAGCUAUAUUUUAAAGUUUAAUUAUUGUUAUACGAAAUACUAUAGGUGAUUUUUUCCUUAAUUACUUUUUUAAUAUUCAAAAGGUGAUGUUCUUGAAACAUUACAUACUUAAGUAAAAACCUUAUGGUUAUUACUAACCUUAAGUAAAACUUUUUCCUAAGUAGCAUGUAAAAAUGAAAAAUGUUUGAAACUGCAAAAGACUUUCUAGCCAGCAAAUGUUCCAAUAUCCAUUUUUUGUGUACAAAUUCUUGUAUAUUGGUAGAUACAUAUACAACUAGUACAAAUUAUUGUUAACUUAAGCUUCAGUGUAAAAAAGAUAAUGUUUAGCUUCAGUGUGUUGGAUAUUUAUCACCAAUGUGCAUGUUACCCUGCUAUUUUACAGGAUGAUAGUUGCCAAUAUUAUUUAAAUUCCUGUUCGUUUACAGGUAGGGUGGUGGGUGUUUUAUUACAUAGAACAGAUGGAAAUAACUCGGAAACCUCCAUUUGACUUAUAAAGAUUAUGGUAUUAAAAUAAGAUAUACAGCAAAUUA